AUGCUCCACGCCAACCACCCGGGUAUCGCAGCCAUGAAAAGUACAGCAAGAAGCCAUUUCUGGUGGCCCAAGCUGGAUCAUGAUAUUGAGAUCACGGUGAAGAGCUGUCCGAUGUGUCAGACUUGGGCUCGCGCUUCUUCGCCACUCGUGGACAUAGAGUUCGAGCGUCCCCACACGCCAUGGCACACGCUACACAUGGACUUCGCGGGACCCAUCGACGGUUGGUCGUACCUUAUCGUCAUAGACUCUUUUUCCAAAUGGCUCGAAGUCAAGCGCAUGCGAAGCACAACGUCAGCACGCAUAAUAGAACAGUUACGCAACAUUUUUGCGACGUUGGGCAUCCCUAGGGUAAUCGUCACAGACAAUGCGCCCAAUUUUGUUUCGGCGGCGAUGGCGAAUUUCUACACAAGGAAUGGAAUCAAGCAACGAACAAGCGCUCCGUUCCACCAUCCACGAACGGACAAGCAGAAAGGAUGGUCGGAGAAACCAAACGUGCUCUCAGGAAAUUAA